AUGGCCGACAGCAUUACCAACGGCAUCGAAAAAGGCACGAGUAGCGAAGUAACAACAUCUGGGUCGCAACCUAGUAUCCCGCCAGUUGCGAAGAGUCCCAUUAAUCCAGGAGAAGAAUCCAUGGAGCCAUCGACUGUGGCCAAUGUCGUAGCUCCCGGGGCGGCAACUGCGCCUAACUCCGAAACCCCGGCGCAAAACGAUGUUGCUACCACUGAUUCAAAGGAAUUGACCGAGAAGAUAGACGCUGCUGACAAAUUGGCUUCGCAACCGGAGAAGUCAGCCGAAACAGUGCCUACAGAGUCUACUACUACUACUACGAAGAUAGCAACUGAUCCACCAUCACUUACCAAUGGUGAAGCUAAAGAGCCUCCUAAACCCGUUACUAUCGAAGAGGUUCACGAUCAAGAUGCGCCAGCUGCGGCUCAACCUCAGCCUGCUGAGAUGACUGGGGCAUUGCCCGUCCAAGAACCAGCAAACGAUACUCCGAAAGCUGAUCCAGUACCGGUUACUGCCGAGCCUGAUAAACCAGAAGCAAAUACUGGAGAGAAACGCAAGCCAAGUGAAUCUGAAGCAUCUAAUGACGAUGUUACGCAGGAGGAGUCCCCGGAAGAUGCACCGGCCGAGAAGAAGCAAAAGACCAAUGGAGCUAAUACUAAUGGCACGUCCAAGAAAGUUGGUCGACCAAAGAAAGAAUCGAAGAAAGAUAAAAAAGCACCACUCCCCGUUGGCAGGACGGCAAGAAAGACCAGAAGCCAGGGAGCUGCGGAUCAAAUCUAA